AUGGGAGCAGAUGGGCGCGACAUCGACGUCGGCGACACGGUCGACGUCCCCGGCGGAAUGAUGGGUGUUGUCAAGUUUGUAGGCAGCAUUCGGGGCAAGCAGGGAGUGUUUGCGGGCGUGGAACUGAGCAGAGAGUAUGCAGCGCGGGGCAAGAACGAUGGCGCAGUCGACGGCACACAGUACUUCAACACAUCCAUUCCUGGCUCCGGCAUCUUUCUCCCUGUUCAUCGCGCGCAGAAAAGGGUCUCUACAGACUCGUCCGACUUCCCUCUUACGCCCACCACGCCCUCGUACCAUAACUUUAGCCUGUCUACCAUGGAGAAGCCCAGCUUCAGCCCCGACGAUGCGCCUCCCCUGCCUUUGCCAAAGUUCUCACAAUCCGUCGGGCCUGGUGUUCGCGCGACUAGUCCUCGCUCCAAAUCUACCAGCGUACGGCGCCCUGAAUCGCCCUAUCGCCAGAAGCCAGGCCUAGGCGUGACUCCGGGAAGGAAUGGCGGGCUUACGCCCUCUGGCUUCUCCAAGAGCGCAAUCGGCGCACCACCACGAUUCGCAAGUCCGGCACCCCCUCGUUACGCCAGCCCUGGGCCGAGAGUGGUUCCUCCACAGAAGCCACGAACGCCUGGCCCACAGCGAUCAUAUUCGCGAAAUAGCUCCCGUAUUGGCCACCAUGACACGAUUGACGAGGACAACGAGACAACGCCGGUCGGCGCACAGCGUGGCAGCAAUGACUCAAUGUCAAGCUACAAGAACAGGCGGCCGGGCUCCCGACUUGGUUCCUCUCCGAACGAAGAGGUGCAGAGACUCCAAGCGCUUCUAGAAGAGCGCGAAAAGCAACUCAAGGAGCAGGCCUCCUCGUUGAGCGAGAUGGAAGCAAGUUUGUCGGAGAUUCAGAGCCUGAUACCUGAGGAUGGAAUGGAUAUGGCCUCAUUGCAUAGCAACGAGCCCAAUGAUGUAGCGCAACUACGAGCACUUCUCCGAGAGAAGAACGAUAAGAUCGCCAUGCUCACGUCCGAGUUCGAUGCGCAUCGAUCCGACUUCCGAAGUACCAUUGAUACCCUUGAGCUAGCGAGCACCGAAACCGAGCGCGUAUACGAGAAGAAGGUAGAAGAUCUGCAGGAAGAGCUACGUGAGUACCAGUCACGCAGCGAAGAUGUUGAGACUGUAGCUAUGCAGUUGAAGCAACUAGAGGAACUCGUACAAGAGCUAGAGGAAGGCUUGGAAGAUGCACGCAGGGGGGAGGCAGAAGCGCGAGGGGAAGUUGAGUUCUUAAGAGGGGAAGUCGAACGUGGCCGAUCGGAACUCCGUCGCGAGCGCGAAAAGGCUGCGGCGGCUCUCAAGGGCGCGGGUGCCAUGGUCGAUACGCCUACAGCACCAGGGCAAAGGGACCUUGAGCAACGCGAUGACGAGAUCCGAGGCCUCAAGGCUAUUAUCCACUCUUUGAGCUCUGGUGGAGACGACCGUAUCCGAUCACCUCUACCGACCAACCCUGUCGACUACGAAGAACUUCAAAACGCCAAAGCUACUGCAGAACGUCUGGAGCGCGAGAAGGAGGAACUACGUGGUCUGGUAGAACGCAAGGCAUACCGAGAAGAAGAACUAGAACGCGAGCUUGAGAGACUUAAAAGCCGACUCGGUCUCGCCGAGCAGCGCGCCAGCAUCAUCAGCAACGGCAUGUCUGAGCACACAGCCACGCAAGAAAAGCCUGCUGAGCGCGACUCCAAAGACACGAUCCUCAACUGGCGCGAAACACCCCAACACACGCGCCGCAACACCCCACCCACGCUUACCACCGUCCCCGACUCGGACGGCGGCCACUCGUCGGCAAACAGCAGCACCCUCUGGUGCGAAAUCUGCGAAACAGGCGGCCACGACAUCCUCAACUGCUCCGCCAUGGGCGGCGACGCAGCAUCCUCUUACUCGCAAGACGACCCCCUCCUCCGCAACGGCGGCAAAGACGUCCUCAUAGAAGGUCUCCGCGGCCUAUCCGUCUCCUCAGAUCGCUCCCGCCCCUCGAUCCUAAACCCUUCUAAACCCCCGGGCUCCGCCCCCAGCGCUCCCCUUCCAAACCCUUCUUUCAACUCCUCCUCUCCUAGCGCUAAUCUCGUUCCUCCAAAGGGUGCCGCUAUUGCUGACCCGGAUAAGUGGUGUGCGUUGUGUGAGAGCGAGGGGCAUGAUGUUACGGCCUGUCCUAAUGAAGAUGCCUUUUAA